AUCUACAGCAGUUCUGGCUUAGUUGUUUCUUCUCCAAAUGCCACAUCAUCUAUUUUCCGCAACACAAAAGCAAUGCGUAUCGAAUGGGCUCCAUUCCAUAUAGAUAGCGAAUUUGUUGAGAUCACUUUGGUCAAUAGUAAUACAGAUGACAAGGUUUUGAUAGCCUUUUACAACACUGGAUCUUGCGAUAUUGACAUUUCCGACUWGAAUCUUCCAGUCGGAACUUACUAUGUUAUUGUAAAUUCGGAGUUUGGUGCUGGCGCAUCAUCUCCAUUCAUCAUUCGCGAUGCUUAG